AUGUUGCUUGCUCCCACCAGCAGUCGCCCCAGCAGUGGCCCUAGCGGUCGCCCCGGUCGCGACUUGAUGCCUGAGACGCUUCCCCUCGGCCACAGCGGGGCCCGAGGUUUAGUGGACUCUGCAUCCUGCCUUGACUCCAUGGGUCUUGGCUGCUUGGCCCUCAUACUUCCUUGCCACCUGCGGAGCACACGCAGAUUGCGCAGCAGACACCCGUGGCGCACACCACGCGGGGCUGCCGGUUCAGCUGCCUCUGCCUUGCGGCGACAGGUGCCGAAUGUGCUGACGGCCAUGAGGGUCCUGCUGGUGGUGCCCAUUGUGGCUCUCUUCUGCUGGGGCGAUCGUCGACUCUGCACGGUGCUCUUUGCGCUGAGUUCCUUGACCGACUUCUUAGAUGGAUACCUGGCAAGGCGCUGGGAGGUGACGUCGCCCUUUGGGAAGUUUUUGGACCCGGUGGCGGACAAGCUCUUAGCCUGCUCUGUCUUGGUCUUGCUGCCCACCGCGUCCGGAUCGGCCUUCGCGCCGGGUCUGCUGGCAGUGCCGGCGGUGCUGAUCAUCCUCCGAGAGAUCUUUGUGAGCGCGCUGCGGGAAUGGACGGCCAUGGCAGGCCAUAGCACUUCAACUCAAGUGGGUUUUCUUGGAAAGCUGAAGACUGCUGUGAUCCUCGUGAGUUUGUGUGGCCUUUUAGCCACCUGCGAUCAGGGUCUCUCUUCUUCGAUCUUCCGAGUGGCUGUGCUGCUGCUUUACCUGGGCACCCUCUUGGACGCCCGGAAGAGCCGGUUAACCACGGUGAUCGGGCGCGGAAUGGCAGAUGGAACGGUCGAUGGUCUCACCAUUUCGAGCACCAAGGUGGAAGACUAUCCUUGCGUCCGGCAGCAGUUGGGGAACGCACAAUGUGCGUGGCAACGAGCAGCGGAUGACAAGAAGUUGUCCAAAACGACUGCCCGUUUGCUAAAAGGAGCCGAGCGAUUUUGGUGCUUGCCGAGGUCGAGCGUGUCCUCUCAGCGGGUUCAGGAGCUGGCCAAGUCGCUGGAUCAGCCAGUGGGCACCGCCAUCCUUUUGCCCAAGGCGCUCAACAUUGCGGGGCGGAGUUUCUCCUCGGCCAAGAUCUUGCGGGAGUUUAAGACCAAGAGCCGUGCACGGCUGGUACAGCUGGAGCCCGGCCAGGCGCUCUUCGUGGUGAAGUUCGAGAACCUCUCCGAGGAGUAUGCCGUCAUGGCCGCACUGCGGCAGCUGAAUUAUCUCUGGCAGAAGAGCCAGCUGUGCGUGGGCCAGGAGCUGGUGCAGGCGCAGACCUUCGGGAUCUUCCCGCUUUCGCCCGGGCUCGGCCUGGUGGAGGUUGUCUCGGAGAGCCGUACCUUGCGGGAGCUCUCGGAAGGGGUGCCCUUCAACGAACGGCAAUGGCGGGUGGUGCGAGCACUGAACCAGGAUUCCCAAAAGCUGGACCGCUUGGCAGCAAGCGUUUGCGCCUACUUGACCUCCAGCUAUGUCUUAGGUAUCCGUGAUGGUCACGACGACAAUCUGAUGCUAAGGCGCGACGGCCGGCUCUUCCGCGUGGACUUCGGCUUCGCGUGGGGGCGCACGCCCGAGAUCGACGCGCCGGGGAUCUUCGUGCCCAAUGCGGUCUACUUGGCCUUGGGAGAGGGACGCUGGCGCCAGGUGGUGCUGGGUUGCAAAGCCGCCUUGCGCGCAGUGAGCGGCUCACGGGCCGACAAGCCAGCUUGGGAGUGCCUCGGGAAGGUGCCAGAACUGAAACCGUUGCUUCCGGAGGUGCACGAGUAUGUCUCGUCCCUGAGCCUUAGCUCCUUUGAUCACCAGGUGGAGCGUGCCGCCGAUUGGACGCUGCAGCGCGCAGCCAAGAACACGCUUCGAGAGGCCCUAAGGUACGUGACGGCCGAGCAGGAGGUGGAAGAGAACACCUGGUACGGCUUCUUGGAUCCCUUUGGGCUCCUCACCACCGAGACCACUCCCCCGCGCACGCCCGCCACGCCCGUGACGCCGCUCACGCCCACCGCGCUCCCAGCGCCAGCGCUCUCGCCGCCGACAGCACGCGCGGAACGCAUGGAGCGCAUCCCGGAGUCCAGAUGCUUUGCCGUUCGCGAUCUUGCCGAUGCCAUGGCUGUCGGCGACCGCGGAAGCACACGGCGCUUGUGCCGGGCAUUGCGCAAGCUUCGCAGUCGAGAGGAGGGGCUGCAGUUGGUGCAACAGCAGCUGAAUGCCAGACCGAGCGGAGCAGAGACCUGUGGCUUGAUCGAUGCCUUUGCCCGACAGGGCUGGUUCUAUCGGCCCUUAGUUGACUUGGCAUCGCAACAGCUUAGCACAGGGACCUCGGCUUCGCCGCCUCACCUGGCAGUGACCUUGCGGGCUUUGGCCACCCUCCACCCGCCAAGUCUGGCGCGCUGGCGGGGUCCGUUAAACGCGCCACCUGUGGGACGUCGCCAUGGUUGGUUUGCAGCAGUGGUGCUGCUGAGGAGCUUGUUGUUGGCCGAGGUUGUGAUGGAUGGAUUGCUGGGAAAGGUCUUCUCCUGGACCUCUCAACAGGGAUCCUGGACUUCUCAACCGGCGCACCUGCGCAGUUCCGGCGCUUUAUGGGGUGCCCUGUGCGACGUGGCUUGGAUCCUCGAACGACGCCCACCGGCCAGCUUGAAGCCUCUGACCGACCGGGAGAAGGCCACAUUGGAGUUGGUCCAAAGUUGGCCCGGUGUGGCACAGCCGGUGAGUGGGAUCUCCGAAGCCUUGGAACUGCACGUGUCCGCCGCCUUCCAACGCCUGGGUCGCACAGUGGAUGGUCUCCAUCGUCCCUCCGGCGCGCGCUCAGGGCAUCGGAGGCUUCCGCUGAGUCUUCCGGAGCUGAAGCUGGUGCUCUUCUGCUUGGACCAGCGCAGCUUCAUCUACGAUCUUCAGGAUGGCCGAAGUUGGUUGAAGCCCUUGACCCUUCUGCACCAGCAGCAGCUGGAGACGGCGGGCUGGCGCGUGGAAGUGAUCCUGGACUCCGAGUGGCCCGAGCAGCAUCUGGAGUUUGAUUUGCAUCAGAUUGCAACCCACUUCUUCAACCUUUUUGGCGAUGUUCUCAGCUCUGGCCGAACCGACCCGAUGCACAGCCUUGGAGCGCCAAAGCGUCACAGGCAAGAGCUCUUGCUUCGAAAGAAGCUUGCCCAUGCCUUACAAGCACAUGUGCCCCGAAGAAGGAGGCGCAGGCUGCCUUGAGGAGCAGAGGAAAAGGCAUGCGGCCCUCUCAGUCGCUGGCAGACCGCCCCCCAAAUGGACAGCACUGUGGCAAUAUUAGGUUAUUGGCGGUUAUUAUUAUUGGUAAUAAAUUAUUGCAAGAACAGAAACACCAAUAUAGCAGAAGACUGGUUCUGUGAGUAAUUAGCUGGUGUUUCUGUUGCGCUUGGCAUGUAGUGUAGCCUGCCGCAAGCAGAAGUGACUUGGCCCAGUCUGUACCACUUGCCCGGGGCAUACAUAUCCUGCCAGUCCAGCCCUACCUUUACUAUACUAUGUUGAAGAAUAUGUUGAUCUAUGCACUUGGCAAAAACCCACGAACUUCUCAUGGCCUGUACUUUGGUGAUUAAAUCGAGGCUCCGGCUCCUUUCUGGCACAGAAAAGCGAACGCGGCUGAAGUCGGCAUUGCUAUGCAUUGAGGUUUUGGCACAUGUUUUUCACAGCAGAUGGUGAGAUGAACAUCACCAAGUUGGCCACCAGUCAUUUUAUACCUUUGGCUGUGAGCCCCUAGUCCCCUUUACAAAGAUACUAUUUUCUGGCCAACGGUUGUAUUCAGGGUUUCACAGUACACACGUUCACAACAUCAAGUGUAGUCUUUGUUAUGGCGACAACUCCUUGCAGAUAAGGGCUUUGUUUGGCAGAACCCGGGUUGAACUUGAUGCGGAGGAGUUCCGUCCAGCAGAGUCUAGCAUCUCGGAUUCAAGGUUUCGACAGAGGCUUUGUUCGGAGAAGGGCUGUGCGAGUUGGACGAAAGUCAUGAAGUUGAAGCAACGCUAUAAGCUCUACAAGAUCUCAGCAUCAACGAUGAAGGUGGCGAUCUAGCUUUACAUUUUGCAACCAAAAACAGCCACUUGAGGGUGGUGAGAGUUGCUGCAGGCCGAUGCUGAUAAGGAUGCAGCAACUUUACACUUUGGUGAACGUGCUUUACACUUAGCUAAAAAACGGCCACGUGGAGGUGGUGCGACUGCCAGGCUGCAAGGAACACCACCAGAAGGCAUCACUCCUGCGAGGACCAGAGGAAGAAGAGCCUUUGACACUCUGUCAGAUUUCUUAAUCGGAAUAUUGAUGCAUGCUUGCUACAAUCUAGAGCAGUUCUCCCCUCCCCAUGUUUGGGUUUUUGUGCUGCUGUUUGCUUAGGGGACCUCAUGCGAGUUCUGACCAUCCUGAACCCAAGCGGACGGACUAAUCCUUGCAUUCCUUACGCGGCGGGGAGGGGACAGGACAGCUGGUCGUCAAGGAGCAAGUGACAGGAGUGUCGGACAGAUUUCCAUGGCUUACCUGAAUGAAGCAUAGCUCGGUAUUCUGCUGUGCAUAGGUGGGUUCAAUGAUGUAAAUGACAUGGCAUCUCUUUUAUACGCAUCAAGUAAUUUGAUCUAAUUGGAUAGAUGAUAGAGUAUGGAACCGAGGACCUUUCAAUGGGUGUUGACUGGGCUCAGACCACAGAAUAGACUGUACCAAUGGCAAUUGGAACGGUUGGAAGGUGUUCUUUGCUGAAAUAGCUAUCCUGUAGUAGAUAGAACGUACUUAUUUCUGAUGGUUCCAAACAUGAUGCACCGAAGGACGCCUCUAUUUGUAUUCAUAGUUGUGGCGGUUAUCCUUGGUUUGUUUUCGAUGUCCAACUGUAGGUUUUUGGGGAGGUAUAUAUGUGAUGCCAAACUUGCCCAGGGCUAUGUCUAUGGCUUUCUAUGUCUAAGUAAGAUUGAAUAACUAACAUCUAUUGCGCGCUUAAAUUUCCACUAUGACUUUUUCAGUGCUAACCUGAUUCUAUCUCCCCUGGAACACAGGCAGCCGAUGAGCAGACCAGUGAGCGGACCAGGCACUGCCCCUCUCCGCGCCGCACCCCCCUUGGGCUCCGGUGGUCUGGCUAGAUGAGAUGCGACUGUGAGGCCACUUCUCAGCACCUGCCCGACUGCAUCCGUCCAACAGCACACAUCUGACAGCACUUCCGUUGUAGAUCAUCUUCGGUCUUUGACCCUCCCAUCCCAAGGAUGGCUCGGGCAGAAGCCCUGCAGCCGUUGUUCGUAGAUGUCGUUGCGAGGGCAAAAAACGGAUCUGCGUGGGUGGGGAACCCCCCUGUGAGUUUGUGGCGGAGAG